GGGCUAGGCGGUCGGAGCAACGAGCUAGGGGGAGGGGGGUAAGAUAGCAGCCAGUAGUGCGAUUCUCGAAGCUGCGCUGCGCACGUUCAUGGGAGUACGCGCGCGCUUCCCGCCGGUACCAACGCAAAGCCACACCGCGGUAACGAUGUUGUGAAUGAGGGGAUAGAGUGACGUAAGCGGCCGAAUGUCAACAAUGUAGCGACUGAGGGUAGGCGUUCCAUUCGAGUGUAACAAACAGCGGAGACGGAGCGGCACGCCGCGCUGGAUCACCACACACGCUCACGUACACACGCGCGCGCACACGCACACAACAGACCGUAGAAUCGUAGACGUUGUGUGUUUUUGUUUUUUUUUAAUAAGUGAGGAAUAACUGAGUUGUAGCGACCGGAGAAGAAGUGACCUAUCUGAAAGGAGGUUUUGAGGAAGCGACAAAGCGAGUCAUCAUGUGAAAGAACUUAAGUAGGAAACGGACAAAAGGGCUGGAAUACGUGCAGAAUAGAAAGUAAAAGGGACGUCCUCCCCCUGCACCAGCGACCUGCCAAUCAUGUAUCUGACCUCACAUCUCUCUGACUGACAGUGAUGUAGAUGUGUCAUUGUGACCGUAUGCUGCUCGUGGAUAAUUGAUCGCUAAUCACUAUCAGAAGAUGAAGGACAAGUCUGGCGUGAGCGGAAUGUCCAUGGAUGAGAAGCCUGAAGCCCCCAUGUAUGUGUAUGAGUCGACUGUUCAUUGUACCAAUAUCCUCCUCUGCCUCAACGACCAGCGGAAGCAGGAUAUCCUGUGUGAUGUGACUGUCCUGGUGGAGGGCAAGGAGUUCCGUGGGCACCGGGCCGUGCUGGCCGCCUGCAGCGAGUAUUUCCUCCAGGCACUGGUGGGCCAGGUGGAGAAUGGCUUGGUUGUUAGCCUUCCUGAAGAGGUCACUGCCAGGGGAUUCGCCCCAUUGUUGCAGUUUGCCUAUACUGCUAAGCUGUUACUCAGCAGAGAAAACAUCCAGGAGGUCAUCCGCUGUGCUGAAUUCUUGCGCAUGCACAACCUUGAGGACUCAUGCUUUCGCUUCCUGGAAGCUCAGCUGCGCAGCGAGGAGGAUGGCUUGCUGCCUUGCCAUAAGGUGGCAGCACACAUGAACAACUCAGAAGAUGAGAGCAUGCAGUCAGAGGCAGAAAGACCCAUCUCUCCCGGGGUCCGGCGGUGUGCUGAUGCCCUCACCUCCUUUGGACACCCUGAUGAGGAUCGGCUAGCAAUGGCUAUGCCCAGUAACUUCACAGAUGGCCAGCUGGACUUUGAUCGGCAUGGAGCGUCAGACCUACCACGAUGCCCCAAGUACAGAAAAUACCAGUGGGCUUGUAACAAGCACAAUAAUGACACCUCCUCGCACACCAGUACCUCAGGUUUACCAAGCACAUUAAAGGAGAGCAGCGUUAGUGGGGCAAUGCCAGGUCAAGGCACGCUGCCUUUGGCACAGAUCAAAGUUGAACCACAGGCAGAGGAAGAGGCCAUCUCACUGUGCCUGUCAGGGGACGAGCAGGACAGUGUGACAGCCAUGGAGAUGGAUACGCCAAUAUCUAUGGAAAGAAUCAAGAGAACCAAGUCUCCUUCUUGCCUCCGAGCCUUCUUCAAGAAAGGAGUGGACCUCCCCAGUCUGCCCAACACGUCACAGCAGCUAUUUGCCAACAGACUUGCUUGCCCCCAUGACAAAGGAAACUCUCAGGGAGAUGAUAAAAAAGACUUCAGGCCUUUAACUGGGGAGCUGGGUCUGUCUGUUACAUCCCCAAAGGACAUGGAUGGUUUCCCUGCAGGGCUGUCCCUCAAGUCCGCUCCCUGUGAUGGGGUCUGCAAACAGGAAGUUGAGCUAGACCGCCGUAGUGUUAUAUUUUCCUCAGGAGCAUGCAACCGUCUGGGAACCCCAGCACAUUCCUACCCUGGUGGGAAUUCUUUGGAGAUGGAGCUCUCUGAGCACAUGUCAAAGGGCCUGUGGGCUGGAGCCAGCCAGUCCCUCCCUACCUCCCAGACCUAUUCACCCAGCACCACCUCCACUGAGCCUCCUCUCCUGUGCCGACCCCGGCCAAACACCAGCUGCCCAGUGCCAAUCAAAGUGUGCCCACGCUCGCCGCCUUGUGAGACACGCACCAGGACUUCUAGCUCCUGCUCCUCAUACUCCUAUGCGGAGGACGGCAGCGGAGGCUCUCCCUGUAGCCUGCCCCAGUUUGAAUUCUCCUCUUCUCCAUGCUCCAAUGUGGCACGCUGCCACAGUGUGGACCAGCAGGAGCAAAAUGUGGGAGGGGAUGCUCUUUUUAACCAGGUUCGGCCCAAGAUCAAAUGUGAGCAGCCCUAUGGCACCAACUCUAGUGAUGAGUCAGGCUCCUUCUCAGAGGGAGACAGCGAGUCCUGCCAUGUACAGGAGCGAGGCCCAGAGGUGAAGCUCCCUUUCCCUGUCGAUCAAAUCACAAAUCUUCCACGGAAUGACUUCCAAAUGUUGGUAAAAAUGCACAAACUGACUUCAGAGCAGCUCGAGUUCAUCCACGAUGUGAGGCGGCGGAGUAAGAACCGCAUCGCGGCACAGCGCUGCCGCAAGAGGAAGCUCGACUGCAUCCUGAACCUGGAGUGUGAGAUCAGAAAACUGGUGUGUGAGAAGGAGAAGCUGCUGACUGAGAGGAACCAGCUGAAGGCAUGUAUGGGUGAGCUGUGGGAGAACUUCUCCUGCCUGUCCCAGGAGGUGUGCAGGGAUGUCCAGCUGAGCCCAGAACAGGUCCAGUCUUUACACCACUAUUGCCCAGUGCUCCGUCCUGCCAACUCCACUGCCAGCAACAAUGCUGCCCAUGAGCCCAAGCCUGCCUGCAGCCCUGCCGCCACCGCCACCAACACCACCAGCAUUGACCUCACUACCCCCUCGGGCUCGGUCACCCCGGAGCCCAGCUUCCACGGGUCACCAGGCCCCUCGGAGAGUGAGCCUGACUCAUCUGUCAGGAAUGGAGCGGACAAAGAUUUGGACAGCCAAGAUGGCAGCUUGAACACACAGGCAGGGCUGUUCACAGAAAAAUCUAACCAGACGGUAACAGUUGAUUUUUGUCAGGAAAUGACUGACAAAUGUACAACUGAUGAGCAGCCAAGGAAGGACUGUACUAAGUAGUGAUGGUUCUCAAUGUUGUUUUUGAUGUUUUUUUAUUAUUUAAUUUUACUUUUCAGACAAACCCUGUCUCGGGUUGUUGAGACGUCAGCCUCGCCCAGUGUUCACUGAAAACCAAGCUUUCUUUGUAUUUAUGUCUUUUUGUGCUGUCUUUUUUUGUUGUUGUUUUGAAUGAUUGACACUAAAGUUGUCUUAACAGCAGCAAUAUUGUUCUCCAGGUAUUUUCUUCCUAUCAUGACAGAGUGGGAGCUUCUCACCAAACCCUCACAAUGGUGCUACAUUCACCCUAGCAGCGACUUCUACAGCGGAGACUCUGCUCUUCAUGUAUCACUCAUUACAACUCAAAGUUGAACCUCAUUGGACCUAAACAGCAGCUUUUUGUCUCUCUCUGUACCCAGUGUUUCUGUUUCUGUCUUUCUCUGUCACAUUUCCUCUUUUUCCACAGUUCGUCUCUGUCUUCUCUACCUCUCUCUCUCUCUCUAUGUGUGUGUGUUUUUGUUCUUGUUCUAUCUUAGUGGCCCUUUUCGUCACAGCAAUUCAAACUCAGGAAAAAAAAAAUCCUCUGAAUGUUCAACCUGAUUCAUGAAAAAUGCGAAUACAGCUUCUGUACAUGAGGACGUCAUAAUGCAGUCAAACUUUAAAAUGUUCAUAUGCAAAAAUGUCUUCAAAUGUCUCACAUGUGUAUUUGUGUACAGGAGAACUUUGUACAGGCUGUAUCCGAAAACAUUCCUCCUUUGCCUUCCUCAGCACUGAAUUGAAAGGAAAAAAGUUUUUGCUGGCGGUUAAAUGACUAUUUUUAUUGCCCACUCAUCAGCAAUACCAUUGUAUUUGGAUGUUGUAAUGGUGACUUUCAAGUGCUUGUUUGGCAGAAAUGUAUAUAGUAUGGAGCAUGAAUGGAGCAUGAUGACUGUAACAGUGAUUCUGUACAGGUAGACACUUAGAUGUUUCUUUUUCACUGGGGUUUUAUCAAGCACCUUUUUGCUAAGGGAAAAUCUUUGCUUUGCUGUUUCCUGUCCUGCCUAGCUAAUAUUCCCCAUCAUGGUGGGUUCUUAUACUCAGGAAAUCAGGUUGAUACACACGUAGACACACGCAUACAGUACAUACAGACACAUGCAUCAACACGUAAAAAUUUCAGCCCCAUGCAUGUAUAAAAGCUAAGACAUUCAAGAUGUGUUUGUAAGGUGUGGCUCAGGCCAGUUCCUCUCCACCUUUGACUCCUCUUUAAAUGUGAAAAAAAAACUGUUUUGCCUUGUGUUUUUCUGUAAUCCUAUUUCUUAUCAGUAUUUAAAGAUGCUAUUUGUGCACACUCUUGCAGACAUGCUUUUUUGCCGCUUGAUAUUUGGAAAUGGCAAAAAAGUGCAGUGAUGUGAUGGAUACUUUAAUAUUUUUUCCAAAUUGAUCCUGAAUAAGACAAACAUCUACUGACAAAAAGAAAAACAGUGAUCUGACUUUAUUCGGGUACUUUGUUUUCAGCUGCAGGCGCUUUGAGAAAUUUAGCACUUCAAUUAGGACCUUUGUCUUUGUUUCAGACCCCUUCAGACUGGAGCACUUAAAUUGGCACUUCAAGAGGAACCAUCUUGUUGAUGUGAUUAUAUGAAUAUACAGUAGAAAAAAUAUCUAUGAAGAACAUAUAAGUGAAAGCUGAACACAAAAGAAAGCUAAUGUUUUAGUUGGGGUAUUCACACCUUAGAUUUGUAUUUCUUUAGAAAUGAAAUAAGCUAAUUCAGAACUCAUUUGACGUGAAAGCAGUGUAUGUGUUGUCAAAACGACUAACAAUCAUAUAAAAUAGUACCAUGUUUGCAGAGUUGUGCUUUUGUUUAAACAUCCUAAUUUGUGAUGUGCAUGCAUGCUGCCUUUAGCUAUGAGCCUAGUUAGUUUGUCCAGCUUCUGUUGUCAGAAGUUCUGUCUGGAGCUUUUAAAAUGUUUUUUUUUCUUCUUAUUUCUGUGUAUAAACUAGCUGCAUUAUCUCAACCCUCACUGGAGGCAGACUUUAAAGUACCAGCAGGGCCAAGCUCUGCUACAGAGGUGGGACUCAAAUGAAAUGUCAAAUUUUUGACAUUGCUUUUUAAAGCCCCAGUCUAUUUGCUGAAAAAGAGAAAUGUGGUAAAAUGUGGUCAAAUAAAUCUGGGAUUGGGACUUUAAAAGAUGAAACAUGUGAUGAUCUCCUCCUUACUUUUACUGAUGUAAAUUGUAGAGUUUAAAUCAGUAGUUUAAAAUAUGAUUUCACAUGUGAGACAGUUUCUCUCAUUCAGCUGAGCAGAGUAACUCUAAGUGUAACUUAUAAACCGGUCUUUAGUUGGUAAAAGAGUGAUCCCUAUAUAGUACACCCAUAUAGACCCACACACAUACACACUAACACAUGCACAUAUACACAGACAGUACAUACAUUGUGGCACAGCCUGAGUGCGGAGCGUUCUUUGUCGACUACUUCGCUUCCCAUCUGUUCAGCCCUGUUUUUGCUCUCUUUAUUCUUGUACACAUAUUUACUGUAGCAGAACAGUAUUUACCCAUGUGGAGGUUCUACCAGGUUAAAGCCAGCAAAUGAAAGUGGGACGAUCUACAUUACAAAAGCUUAUGCAACAUUUUCCAUUUGUGUACUUUUUCAUUUGAUUGACCUUAAAUUGAUGAAGCCUGGUGUUGAAUUGCAGAGCACAGGAUCUUUGCCUUUAUGUUUUUUGUUUGGAGAAAAUGAAUUCAUUAAGCUUGUGUUGAAACUGUUUAUAAUAAAGGACCCUGGGUAUUUCUUCAAAAUGCUAAUAAUAUUCUAAUGACAUUCUUGUUUAUGCUUAGCAGAAUCUCUGUUAUACCUGCUCUGUGUUGCUAAUUCAACAUCACAAACAGUAAAAUCCUGUGGAGCUACAAUGAACAGGUGGUAACAAACAGUUAUCUGCAUGAUCCACCAUGGACUGUUGUCCCCAGCUUCAAUUGUUAGAGAGCAUCUUAAUUAUAAUCUAGAAGCAAAAUAAUCUAGUUUAUAUCAUGGGAUUAUCAUUUUAUGUUUAUGCUUAAAGUUCACAAAAAAAAUCUCUUAAGGGCAAUGCACACAGGCACCCACACCCAUUAUUUUCAAUGCAAUGCAGUACACUUAUGGUGUACUGCAUGCUAACGCUCGCCGUUAUGGCAUCAAUGUGCAUCAAAUGCAUUAAUUACUUAAGUAAUCACCCAUUUCAGUAAUCCCACACUGAAUUCCCACCACUCCCGGUGUGUGUUACCGGAGUCGCAUGAUGUGACAUGCUG